CUCAUUUGCAUUUGUUCCGCUUCCUCAUGAUCGUCCAUGACUGAGAAGCUGUGAAAGAAAGUCAAUUCAAUGAUAAUCUGACCUGGAUUACAGAGGGAAAGGGCAAAUUCGCGGAGGAUUUGGACGUACAGUUUAUGGGACUUUCUGGGAUGAAUUACAGUACCUGUCGAAUGAGUCAAGGCCAGAGAUAAUUGGAGAUCUUGCUCAUCACGACAGCAAGAGCGUUACCAUGGAGACUGGCAAGCAUAUAUCAGUGACUGCUCCAGCACACAUCAGCUCCAUCUCAGCACAGACAGAGAAGAGGAUGGAUGGCCAGGCUCCACUGACAGCUGUUUACAUCCACACAGUCCCAGCUCCUCCACCGCAGUUGUUAUUUCAGCCUCCUACAAUUGUCCCGGGGCCAGAAACACACUCCAUCCCUUCGCUUUACUCCAAGGAGCUGCUUCCACUUCUCACGCUGCAUAUUGUCGGUGGGCUACAAUCACAGAGGAGCGACAGUGUGCCAGCAUCUUCUGCCAGACCAAAGUCUGCAGGGAAGCAUGUGUGUCCUCACUGUGGAAGAGACUGUAUGAAGCCCAGUGUCCUGGAGAAACACCUGCGCUGUCACACAGGGGAACGGCCAUAUCCUUGCACCACCUGUGGCGUUUCUUUCAAAACCCAGAGCAACCUGUACAAACAUAAACGGACUCAAGCUCACGCUCGCAUAUCAUAUGAAUCCGGACAGAGCAGUCAGGAUAGCAUAUCCAGCUCCAGAGAAACCAGUACCUCAAGUUCAUCUCUUGAUGAUCCCAUCAAGCAGCAAGGAAGCUUAGAGGAGGACAGAAUCAUAGAUCAGGACUCUUUGAAGACACAAACAGAGGUCAGCGAACAGAGUGAGUCGAGCCCACUUCUUCAAAGGAUAGGUCCAGAACAAAGGUCAACAGCUACAGGCAAAGAUAGGGGUCACAAGCCCUCCCUGAUGGCAGGUCGACACUUGACCCUACAGAGACAAGAGGCCACAUUUUUCUCCAAGCAGUGGGAAACCACAACUUGUAAGGUAAAAUCCCAAAGUCAUGAAAGUACAGACUCUGGCUUUAGUGAGAGCAGCGACCACAACCCAAGCCCCUGCACUGUUAUGCCACACCACAGCAUGGAGUCUCUAAUUGAAUCCACACUAGAGUGUCCUGACAGACCACAGCGUAUAACCUCAGAGGAAUGCGAAGGUGGACCAGAGCCCAAAGACAACAUGAAGGAGAAAGAGCAAAGAACACUAGAAGAGCGUAUUUCUCAGCUGAUAUCAGAAAAUUCUGCUGUUGUGGAGGACAAACAACUGGAAAAUGUGCGGCCACGCAAGACCGCUCUGUCAAAACAGGGGAGCAUUGACCUACCGAUGCCGUACACAUACAAGGACUCGUUUCACUUUGACAUGAGGAUAAGCAAGUCUCAGAAUGUUGGUAUAAGAAGGCCCAAGUAUCCAGGAUUGUACAGUUCCGUGCCUACACAGCCCUCAACUAACACGGAGCACGCACCCUUAACCCGCAGCAACUCCCUCCCCUUCAGCGUAGCCCUUCUGCAGCCGGAGGGAUCCAACCAAACCUUGUUUUCCCAGGCAGAUAAUGCUUCAGGCUUCCAUAGGGAAAGCUCCGGCCAUCUUAAUCCACCAGGCUUAACUACCAAACCUGUCAACCAACAGUCGUCCACCCACCGCCUCCUGGUUCGGCAGUCAGCCGUCGACUGCAACCUUGCAACAGAAGCACUCUUUUUGGGUUCAUCUAUGGAGAGGGCAGCUAGCUGUGACGGCGAUAGCACCAACAUGUGUGGAGAACCGAGCGGCAGAAAAUUUCGAAGGCAGAAAUCACAGAAGUUUGCUUACAACAAGUGGUACAUGUAUGGAGGAGGUACAUUUCGGAAGCUCUACUCCACUGGGGCUGCUGGAGAUAGCAAUGUAGUCAAAGGUAGGAAGCCCACAGAGGCAGCUCAGGUAUUACAGAAGAGUUUGUCAGCAGGGUGUAAAGAAAUAACCACCUGCUCAGCUGUUCCUACUAGCAGUGGAAGAACAGUCUGCUCCACAGACAUAAAUAGAGGGGGGAAUGUAACUUUAGAGGAUGGGCAUCUUCAUUGUUCUUCUCCCAGGGAGUCACUCCGGAAAAACUUGUCACUGUCAGCUCUGCCAACAUUUAAACCUGCAGCUACACAGAGAGCCAACACAGACAAGUUUGAUCACAAUGGACCUAGCACUGAUGCCCCUUUUCAGCUCUCUGAAUCCAAGAUACCCUCUGACAGAAAGAAGCCAAGAACCAAUCAAAAAGUACUCGAUAUGGAAUCCAGUUCAUUGACUCCAUCUUACUGCGACCAUGGGUCUAAACAAGAUUCAAAUCUAAGGCAUGUCAGCCAUAGGAAGGAUGAGACUGAGACCUCUCCCCUGACUAAAAUGAGUGCUUUGUCUGUAAUCACCUCUUCAGCCUCUUAUAUGCCAGUCUCAGCCAAAACCAGCAGUUUCUUACCAAAGUACCAGCUGAAGUUACCCAACGCUACAGAGCACGGGUCAGCUCCUGAACCGCCACAAACCCUCAGUCGAAGUCCCGCUCACACACCUCCGCUCUCUAAUAAGACCAUUGCCUCGACAGCCUAUACAAACUUUGUUCACCCAGUUACCUUAGAAACUAAUGUUUUGUUCCAGGCGUCUCCUCGCACGGAGAUGUCGAGACACUCGUCGACUCUCGCUGUGUCACACAGACCCUUCGCAGGAAACACAAUUACCACAACCUGUCGUAGCAAUGCACUAGCAGGAGUUUGCAGCACGUCUGUGCAGAGUUCUCUCUCUUCACCUGUGGUCAAAACCCCUCCCACCACAGCUGGAGGGACCACAGUGCCCUCACUCACGAAUCUCCCACUGCAAACUCCUCCUCCUGCAACAACCUCUUCAUCUCCUGCAUCGUCUUUUGACUUGACACCACCGGCGGAUCAGAGAGUGUUUCACGUGCACACAGCGGACCUCCAUAUAUGCUUUCAGCUGAUAUCAGAUGAGCAGCUGGCUCUCAUCGAGCCCCAGAUUGAGCGUCAGGAAGUCGGCACAGAGAGAGCCUCAAUGGAAGACACCCCAGCUAAAGCGCAGAGCUCUGGACAGGUUAACAACGACACAAAAACGUUUGAGAAGACCGACAAUCAAAAGGCACUAAAAGAAACUGCGUCAUUCUCCAAAACAUACCCCCAAUCUUUAUUAACUCAGACUCUAGACAAUCCUCACCAGGAAGAUCAGAAAAAUUCCACUCUGGUUUCUGGGCUUCCAAAAGUGCUGCGUCAACUAGAAAAACACAGCCAUGCAAACACAUGCUCGGAGACAUGGAGCCGUGCAGGCCACAUUGUCUCGACCGCUGCUGCUAUUCAAAGUCCAAAGUCAGAUGGGAACCAAAUCUCAAAGGACCACCGUCCAAUGAACUGUAAAGAGGAGCGCACAUUGCCAGGUGAAGUGAGACAGAGCGGACUGGCCUCUCAAGUUCUCCCUGGUCAACAUCAGCUCAUAAUCAGACCUCCUUCUCAGGGCAUGGUCAACAAGAGCAGCAACAAGAGCGAAAUAACAUCUGCAGAAACCCAACGCAAACAGACAAUCCCUGGAGGCUUGUGCAGAGAUGGCCAAAUUCAAGGAGGGAACAAAACUGUUGAAGAGGAAACGCAGGGUCUCUGCCGAACCCAGCCGACGGCCUCGAGUCAGAAAUCUAAGCAGUUGACUGAACUUUUCACAAAGCAGCCUAAAAUCUCUUCCGAGGACCACACAGGAGAGAUCGCCCACCGCAUUCCAGAGGCUCCAUCAGAGGCUUUGCUGAAACACAUUAAACCUGGAUGUGACACUUUACUGAGCCGGAAGGUUUCGUUUGAUGCCCAAGUGCCUGGAGGCCUGAGGCCUGUGCAUGUUCCUCAUUUAGGGCUUCUGGACUCUGCCGCAGUGGUCCCAGGCUCCACUCAGAAGCAGCAUCAGGCAAAGGGCAGUGCAGAGAUCCCUGGACGGCCAGAUGGUGCAGACACGAGGCCACAGCGGAGGCAAGAGUUGAGAGGAGAGCCUGCUGAGGCCGAAGGGAGCAUUACAGGAGCGAAGAGUAGUGGAGAAGAGCGCUUGGACGGGCGAUCAGAAGUGGCCAAAACCAGUGGUACACACAUUGUUCCAACAGAAGCAAGGGGAGAAGACAGAAAGGCCAAGGCAGAACCCCCUAAAAACAUAUGGCUAUCUGACCCUCAUCUUUCCCCGACCAAGUCUGGAAUGUCUAAAUGCCCCCCACUGAGCACAGAGCGAGUGACGUGCUUGUCAAAUAACCUACAUUUAUGUUCCAGCAGCACAGAAACAUGGCUGUCCAAUUCCCCACAGACUGAAGUAAAAAUGAACCACUCGCAUUUCUCCGGACACUUGAAGGAUGUCGACGCCCAUCAUCAGCAAACACUCAUUUGUGAGAGAAUAAUAGAUGACGCCGUCAUCGUCCCAGAUCACUCAAUAGAGACAUGUGCUAGUUCCCUCACAGAACCCACUCGCAUCCAUGAUGUGACUCAACCGGACCACCAACUGGUCCAGCCCGAUUCAAAGAGAGGUGCACCUGCGGGGGGUAACGCUGCAGCUUGUCAUAAUACAGUUGCACCAUCACAGCCAGCAUACUCACAACACCAUUCCAGCAUACCUGCAGCUACUCAGUCCACAUAUCAAGAGGGUUACAGUAGAAAAAGUGAGGCCGCCAACCCAUGUCACUCUUUUCUGCUGGCCGCUCAUUUUCACAGUUACCAGGUGGGUCCCAGCAGCACAGUCCGGCCAGUGCAGGCCUGCCCCGACUACACGGAGGAUACCAGCAGCAGUGACGAGGAGGGGAAGCUCAUUAUAGAGCUGUAGGGAGAAUUCUGUGACCAUCCCAAAUCCAGGCAGGCCAGGAGCACAUGGGCUCAUGUGCCACCGUAGAUAUGCAACUACUCACCUGGUCCUUAGCAUUACAAAGUGAAAGAAGAAAAGCAAGUGCCCACUGGGAUUUGAACACCGUGUUUUUUUUUUUGUUUUUUUUUUUUGUUUUGUU